UAAACUACUUUCCUUAGCUCUUUUUACUAUCAGUCUAUAACUUACCCAAGUACUUUACGGUGUUCAAAAGUGUUCGUAUUAAUCAACAACAACGAAACGUGGCAACGUUUGAACGAAGCGUUUGAGGUUUCUAAAAUAUGGAGGGCUGAGUUUAAAAUUCCUGCGUUGGGAACAAGUCAUACAAAAACCGGUGAUAAUGUUGAACCAAGUGACGGGGGAGGCGGCAUAUUCCGCCACGUACGUGGAAAACUAUCUGGACUGCGUCGAAAAUUUGCCAGAUGAGUUACAAAGGUUAAUUUCCCGAAUGAGGGAAUUGGACGUUAAUUAUUUGGCGCGAGUUAGAGACGUAGCAAAUCAAGUACAAACAUGGAAGAAACUGACAGAUGAGAACCCCAAGCGAGCCAGGGUUGGGGCCAGGAUACAACAAGCCUUGAUCGCCGCCCAAGAACUUGGUGACGAGAAAAUGGGUUUGUUGCAAGCUAUAUUAGAUAAAAUCGAAUCAAAGACCAGGAUGCUGGAUUCUGAUUUAAAGAAUUUAGAUUUUGGAAAAGAAGAUGUCGUGACCAGUGAGAAUAAAGAACAGCAACCUCCAACCAAUAACUCAAGUUCAACGAAUAAUUCAGUACAAAACAAUGAUAGACCUUCAAAAAGAUCCAGGAGAAAUAGAAAUGAAACUUUCUCAGGCCUGGAAAAUAAUCAAAAUGACAGUGUUCAACAAGAACACACAUUAAGAAGCACAGUUCCAACAAGUUCAAACUCCAACAACCAGAAGAAAACUGCUGCUGGAAAGAAAAAGAAGAGGAAGACAAGACAAGUCCCUCAGGCGCAGAAGGAAGAGUCGCCACCACGCGAAGAAGAACAGGCCAUCGAUCCGGAUGAGCCCACUUACUGUCUGUGUGAUCAGAUUAGUUAUGGAGAAAUGAUCAUGUGUGACAAUGAUUUAUGUCCAAUAGAGUGGUUUCACUUUUCAUGUGUAUCACUUACAACUAAACCCAAAGGUAAAUGGUAUUGUCCAAAAUGCAGAGGAGACAGGCCUAAUGUCAUGAAACCUAAGGCACAGUUCCUAAAGGAGCUAGAAAAAUAUAAUAAAGAAAAGGAGGAGAAAACAUAAUUGUUGGAGAUCUGAAUCAUUCAUUUAUAUAUAGAGUUUUCUUUAUCUAACAAUGUAAAUAUUGUAUCUGCAUUUUUUAUAGUCUGAUAAUAUCAAGUACUUAUAGGUUUAUGUUUAACAAAUUUUAUUAAUUUAAGCUAACAAAUCAACCAGUUUUUAAUUGUUGCAAUAUUUGAAUGCUGAUGAAUAUUUAGUUGAAAUGUGGUUUCUACUGUAUUAUAUAUCUCUUGUCUUGUAUGAUCAUACCUGCUGCGUUUCAGGGAACCAAACUUACUUUAGGAUUACUUGUUUUAUUUGUCUUGUUUCUUAGAUUAAUAAAUAAUUCAUUUGGCA